AAAAAAAGAUUUUUUAAAUUUUUUGAUAAAUAUUUUUUUUCAGAUUAAAAACAUAUCUUAAAAUGUCCGGAGAACCACCAAGGCAACCGAAAGAUAUGCCGGGUUUACUUAAGUUCUGUCUGGAAGCUACUAGGGGGGAGGAUGCUGUAGAAAGGCCUGAUGAUGUACUCAGCUCUAUGGAUGAAGAACGGAAAGCAUGGCUCCAGGAAGCCCUGAAUGGAAUGAGUGUGGAUGUGAUUGAACAAUUAACCAACGGUAUGAAGAUAUUGCUGAGUGACACUGCAGACCUCGAUCAAAAGGAGGAGACCCUAGACUGCCUAGAGGACUGGUUAGGGAAUAUUGACAAUGCGAAUAAUUUUCACAAGAUCGGUGGAUUCUCAGCUCUCAAACAUUGUCUUAAUUCUAAUCAUCCAUCCCUUAGAACUGGGUCUGCUCAUCUGGUUGCUGAACUCAGCCAAAACAACGAUUAUUGUCAAGAAAAAUUUACCCAGGACGGAUUCAUCCAGCUCCUAAUUUCUCAGCUUGACCUGGAUACUGAUCAAGCUUGCCGGGUUAAGGCUAUGUACGCUCUCUCCUGUAUAUGCCGAGAAUACCAACCUGGUCUUGAUAAAUUCUGUUCUCUGGACGGAUGGAGUGCAGUCCUCAGAGCAAUCCAAUCCAACGAACCAAAACUACGAACCAAGGCCUGUUUUUUCCUCGCUGCCAUCGCAACCAUCAACUCCAAGAUCGUUGAAGAUCUCUCAAAGAUGGGAUUGGUUCAGCAACUGAGUCAUGUACUCCACGAACCCAGUGAUCUAACCCACGAGCAGGUUCUACACUCAAUACUUAUCCUCGUGAAGCAGUCGGAGAUAGCUCGACAAGACGCUCUGCUAGGAGAGCUGGGCCUGGAGAAGAUCUUGAAUGAGAAGAUAGUUGAUAUGUCCGGGAAGGAGGAGUUUAAUGAGAGUGUUGAAUACUGUCGUCAGCUCCUUAGUCUCUGCUUUAAAGAGGAGGAGAGUGCCGACAGAUAAAAAAAAAUUUGGAAAUUUAUGAUAAUUAAAUAAAUAUAUUUGUAAACUU